AUGGCUAGCUCUGAGAAUGACCUCUUCACUGAUGUUCCUGGCACGGUUUAUCUGGUGGAUGCAUCACAUGCACUACAAAACGCAGCUCAUGCAGGCCAACAAGAUAUUGUUCUAAUACCUCAACCAUCAAAUUCCCCAGCAGACCCACUAAACUGGUCGCGGGCAAAGAAACUAUGGUCUCUCUUCUUGAUAUCAGCCUAUGCUUGCGUGUUCUCAUUUGGCGAAAACAACACCGGUGCAAGCUGGACUCUGAUUUCCGAUGACACUGGAGUCAGUAUCAAUAACAUGAACGGAGGAUCUGCACUCAAUUAUCUGCUUCUGGGAUUCUUCAAUAUCAUAUGGAUCCCGUCAGCGAUGAAAUUCGGUCGCAAGAUCGUGUUUAUUUUGAGUUUGUUGAUCCUUUGUGGGGGCAGUAUAUGGGGAGGCUUGUACCACGGGGUCGCUCAAUAUUUUAUUGUGUCGGCACUGCAGGGUGUAGGUACUGCGGCCUACCAGGCACUGAUUCAACUUACGAUCUUUGACGUAUUUUUCACGCAUGAAAGAGGUCGCAUGGUUGCAAUUUACAUAUUCUUUCAACAGCUCGGGUCUAUCUUGGGACUUAUAUUGGGUGGAUACAUCUCGGAUGGAGUUGGCUGGCGUUGGUGCGCUCCUAUCGUGGCCAUUGCAUGCGGUGUUUUGAUUAUCCUUUUUAUUUUCACAUUUGACGAUACCAUGUUUCCAAGGUAUCGAUUCAACAUCCCACGUCACGAGCGAUCAGUUCCAAUGGAAAGUAGAGGGGAUGAUGUUGAGCCUGAGAAAAAAACUGGGCUUGAGUCCCCAAUCUCAGAAGUCGACAGUAACAGCCUAGGAGAAGAUAUUACCACCAGAACUUACUUGCAGAAGAUUUCCUUAGUACAUUAUUUCGCAGACGACCACACAACCUGGUUCCAAUACUUCCGUCGCCCAUUCUACCUCUUCGCCUUUCCCAAUAUUGUACUCGCCGGGAUUCAGUUUGCCUUUGGGUGUACUGCGGGCAUUGUGACAUUCAACACUAUCUCAGAGAUAAUGACGGAAGCCCCAUAUAAUUGGAGUGCCGGAUCUGCCGGCUUGAUCUUCCUAGCCGCCCUUGUUGGAAAUAUACUCGGCAUGGGGGUCGGUUGGCUAUCAGAUUGGGUCGUCUUGAUCCUCGCAAGACGAAACAACGGAUACAAAGAGCCAGAAAUGCGUCUCUGGACAUAUAUAUUCCCUUUCAUCUUUGGCGCCAUCGGCUACUUUACGUACGGCUGGGCUGCGACAAAUGGUGAUCACUGGAUGGCUAUUGCGGUGGCGCUAUGCUGCUUGAUUGCUCAACAAGUUUCGUUGACAAGUAUGGCAACAGCAUAUGCAAUGGAGUGUUUUGAUGGAAUCUCCGGCGAACUCGUCGUCGUACUAGCAGUUUGCUCUUCCUUGAUAAAUUUCGCCAUUUCAUAUUCUGUCCAGCCCUUCAUAGACGCCACUAACUACGGAUGGGCAUUCACGUUUUUCGGUAUUUUGGUUGUCCUUGCUGUUUUGAUGGGGAUUCCGAUGAUAAUAUGGGGGAAAUCGUGGCGCCGACAAUGUAAGGGAAGAUAUGAGAAGUUCUUGGCUGAGGCUGGGUUGAAUACCCGUUGA